GAAAAAAGUGCAUCAAGCAACAGGGAGAAAAAGCAAAACACAAAAGUCGAGUCUUGCUGUUAACUAGUUGAACCAUGUUUGGCAACCAAUUUGAUUAAUUUUUUUAUUUAAUUCAUUUCGCUUAAUUUUGUUUAACUAAUUGGUUGAUUGAUGAAUCUUUGAAUGGUUAAUGAAAAAAGUAUGACUUCAACUCCUGAUUUAACAAGUGAACCCAUGGAAACUGCUGGACGGUUAGGUUACCGUUUAACGGAAAGCAUCAGAAGGAAGCGUUUCUUGCCUCCAACUCCCAUUGAUUUAGCCUUAAUUCAACAACAUCACACUCAUAUUGUUCGCAAUUUAAGUUAUCCAAGUGAAGUUGGGUUAAUUGUUGAUUCAUCAAAUGAAACCAAUCAGUCGUCAUCAACAUAUCAACCAACCACUGCCUCUUCAUCCUCAUCCUCCAUAUCUGGUGCAACAGGAGUCACUGGUGCACCCUUAACCAGUGUAAACAAUCAACAGCCAUCUGACCCUUACUAUCAUCCACACUAUCCAGAUACAUCGUUUCGACCUCGUGGAUACACCAUGCCGUCCUACAUUGGCCCACGGCCAGUGACUAAAGAUUUAACAUUAAGACAGCGAUCAAUGAGUGCCUGUUCCAAACGUGCUUCCCUAUUGAACAUUGACUCAAACCCAGGUUACUCAACACCGACAACAACACUUCACAAUCUUCACCAUCGUCGCCACACUACCGGUGAAUCCCUCUCAAUCUCACCAGGUUCAAGUGACCUCUUCUCAAACAGAUCGUCUGGUGAAUCCUCACCUCGAAUCUUUAAACCUUGCCGCAUUCUGGUCACUGGUUAUGAUAAUGUCGGUAAAAAGACUAUUAUCUCCUCCUUAUUGACCAACCAUUCCCCAUCAAUCCAAGAUGACAACUGUUCAUCUCCCGAUACAAUCAGGAUUAAACUUGGAACAGAAUAUUAUGAAUUUUUCUUUGAAACUCUCAACUCAUCCAAAGACUUUCAUUUCAUCGAGAAACAGGUUCAUAAAAGAGACGCUCUGGUUGUGGUUUUUUCAACAAUUGAACGUAAAAGCUUUGAAAAUGCAGCUCAACUUUUGGUUUUAACCAAACUCAAUGUUCACCGCCAUUUACCGGUUAUCUUGUUGGUGGCCAAUAAAAUUGACCUGGAACGAUCUCGUGAAGUAACCUCUGAAGAAGCCCGUAAACUAGCCGCUCGAUUCGACGUUAAAUACAUGGAAAUAUCGGCCAUUCUCGAUUACAAUACAGACAUUUUAUUUAAACAAUUGUCCAAAAAGGUUUGGCUCAACUCAGUUACUGAAUAUACGCUUUUUGACUCGAGUCGCUCACUUCGAUCAUUAAUCACUGGCAGUACCAAUGAUCUAUUCAACAACAUUGGACGUAAAUUGUCCUCCAAAGUGUUUAACCGAGUCUGGAAAGGAUCUAAAUUGUUAUCCAAAUCGUGUGACACAUUAGACAACUUUUAGGUUGAUCAACAUCGAAAUCAUAAACAGAUCAUCAAUUGCCAUCAAAACAAUCAUUGAAUGUUAUUAACUUUAAUAAAAUUAAAUUUUCUCCAAAUUUUCUUAUUUAUCUACUUUAAAUGUAACCAAUUUAAUAUAUUGAAACCAGUGAAGCUCAAUGAAAAAGCCUUGUGAAUAAGUUAACCCAAAAUGAUUAUAAAACCCAAUGUAAAACCUAAAAUCAUUUUUAGCACAAUUAAA